AGUCACUUUGUUAAAUUUAGAUCAUGACAGCAUUUUCUCGAGUUCUGAUUGGUUUUCGAUGAUAUCAUUGACCACGUGGUAAGGCUAUUUAUAGAUUUUGAUGCAUCCUGGGAGCAGAACAGGAGCUCUUGUUUUGAUGACGUUGUAGUCAAGUCUAUUUUCUAACGGGGAUUUCCCUGAACUUUCUCAUGACCCAAGAAUAAGGUCACCCACCGUGAAUGUUGGCAGACGCUGGAUUGUCGUGGCACCUCGGAGCGAUAGAACAAGAUAAACAUCUAGGCCUACACUUGAUUACAUUGCCAGCGAGAUCAGACCUCAUGAGAAGGAAAUGACAUUUCCAGCAAUGAGUAAUCAGGUUCAUAUCAGUCAUCCCUUCAAGAACAGAGAAUUCAGUCAUGAUGCCAGGAUCAGUGGAUGUAGUGCUGUUGAUGAAGCAGAAGAGGCAGAGGAAAGGAGACAGAAUUUGUCAGAUGUUUCUAUGAGUUCAGAGGUGUACAUGAGCAUCGUGUGGCACAGUGGUCAUCUUGCUGUAGCUCAUUAUGACUUGACAAAUGUCCAAAUUUAUGUCUUGCCUGAUGUCAGAGAAACAGAUGAUUUUUCUCUCAUCAAACACUUGUUGCAGCAGAUCCAGCCUUCAGUGAUUGUUGUCAGUUCAAUUCAGGACUCGCGAUUACUGACCUGCAUUAAAAAAAUAGCCACUGAUAUGAAUUCUACAAGUCCUGGUUCAAAUGGAGAAGCAUACAGGAUACAGUUUCUACCGAGGUCAGACUUCAACUACGAGGUGAGCAAACGACGGAUCAUUGGCAUGUCUCUGCCAUCAGUACCUGGACACUUCACUGAUGAAGAGAGGCGUAUCCACUUUUCAUCUCUUAUUCCACUGGACAGUGUGAACAUGGUGCGCUGUGUUGGGGGCCUGCUAAGACACCUGGAAAAGAUGAGAGUUGGUGUGGAGCUAGAAGAUGCCUCCACUCGGGUGCCUGUGCUGGGCUUUAAAGUCUUCUCCUUGGAAGACCAGGUCCAGAUAGAUAUGCUGACAUACACGGCCCUCAACAUUUUUCACAAAGAGCUUCACCCAUCUGCCUUCAAACUGGGGGCCAGUGGGAGUAAGGAAGGACUCAGCUUGUUUGGCAUACUUAACAGAUGCAAAUCUGCAAAUGGAACUCGCAGGCUGCGACAUUGGUUUCUGAGGCCUAUAAAAAAUGCAGCCCUUUUACGACAGCGACAUGAUGCAGUAUCUUUUUUCCUUACUCCGAGAAACUUGGAAGUUGUUUCCUGCCUUCAUGGAUGUCUAAAGCAUGUAAAGUUUAUUCCUAAUGUCCUUGUGAGGAUGUCAAAGGCUAAGGCCACCAUUGGGGACUGGAUUGCUCUCUCGAAGACACUCUACCAUGCAGUGUACAUUGGAGAUAUCUGCCGGUCCCAAGUGCAGACUGUGGAGAUUUUCCGUAAGAUCAGCGCGACCUUCACAGAUGACCUUCACAGAUGCGCCAACCUUGUGUUCCGCACUCUCGACUUUGAGGAGUCGAAACGAGCUCAGAGAUUUGUGGUGAAGAUUGGCGUUGAUGAUGCUUUGGAUGCUAAGAAGCGUACCUAUGAGGGCCUGCCCAGUUUGAUGAACCAGGUGGCACGGGAAGAGCUGACGGGUCUGAGCAGCGAGAUCUCAGAGUGUUUUCUCAGUUACAUCCCAGAAGUUGGCUACCUUUUGGUGAUUCCCAAACCAGAGGGGAAGCCAGAUGAUGCUGACCACACUAUUGAGGGGCUUCAGUUCAAAUUUGUCUCUAAUGGUCAAUUAUAUUACAAGUCUGCAAAGACACUGGAAAUGGACAGACUGCUUGGAGAUACUAAACUAGAAAUUCUAGACGUUGAAGUGAGCAUCAUGCAUGGGCUACAGAGCCGCAUCUUAGAGAACACCCAACUCAUACUGGAGGUAAUGGACUUGACUGCUGAACUCGACUGCUUGAUGGCUCUUGCUACAUGUGCUGGAGAGUUUGGCUACGUGUGUCCUAGUCUGGUGCAGGAGGACAUCAUAGACGUGACUGCUGGCAGACACCCACUACAAGAACUGUGCUGUUCCCCGUUUGUUCCUAAUGACACCUCAAUAGGAACCUCUAAGGGGAAAGUCAAGCUGAUCACGGGGCCCAAUGCCUGUGGGAAGAGCGUCUACCUUAAACAGGUGGCUUUGAUUGUGUUCCUGGCCCACAUUGGCAGUUUUGUGCCUGCGGAGAAAGCCAGCAUUGGACCCGUGGACCGGAUUUUCUCACGCAUCAAGUCUUUGGAGAGUGUCUCUGGGGUUUUUUCCACCUUCAUGCAGGACCUUAUCCAAGUGUCAGAGGCGUUGCGUUCAGCCAGCAGCAGCUCCCUAAUUGUCAUUGAUGAAUUUGGCAAAGGGACAGAAUCUACGGAUGGUCUGUCUUUGUUGACGGCUGUGCUCAAAUUCUGGGUGGACAAAGGCCCUGACUGUCCCCGUGCCCUGGUGUCCACUCACUUUCACGGCAUUGUCCAGCACAGUCUGCUGCCUCGAACAGAGCAGCUGCAAUUACAGACUAUGGACACUGUGAUGAACGGGGCAGAGCUUGUGUUUCUCUACCAGCUCAAAGAGGGACACGCCACGUCCAGCUACGCGUGUAACAUUGCUGCUCUGGUGGGUAUCCCGGAGCAUGUCAUACGCAGGGGCAAGCAGGUGUCCGCACUGUUGGGUCAGUACAGGUCCGUGCCACACGUCUGGGAUGGAGAUGUUCUAGAGCAGCAGAAGAGGUAUGAAGAGAUUGUGUGUGGCUUCAUGAAGCUUAACCUGGACUCAGAUGAUCUACAUGCCUUCUUGCAAGGUUUUAUCCUUCCGCUUUUUGCAAAGCCAAGUACAAAAUCAGGAGCUAUUUCAAAAGAAGAUUCAAAUAAAGCUCAAAGUGGGCAGCAGAAAAACUUCUUGUCAAAGGAAAACCCUUUAGAAACAUUUGCUCCCAAACCCAAACAUGAGCAGGCUGUUCCCAGCAGUAUCUUUCAUGACAGUCCCAAGAAAGCUCCCACAUCUAAGCAGAACUGUGACUCUGUGAGGGAGGUGAGCAUUGAGGAACCCAGUGUUGAAAAUAAGUACUGUGCCCUAUCUACACAUAAAAGAUCAACUGAAGAGCAAAGAGAAGGGUUGGUUGAAAAAUACAAGAUGCGGGAAAAGGAAUCACACAAAAAGAGUUUUGUCGACUCAGUUUAUCAGAAGCAAAAAGUCGUCGUCUUAGAAGAGUUUGCUAAAACUCCUGUGAUAGAUUUGAAAAGCAAAAGCGAUCAAAAAGUACUGGAGGCUGGCAUGACUAAUGCCCUGUCAGAAGCUGUGAGUCACCCUUACUCGGACAUUUUAGAGUCUCCGGUCAUUGUUGAGGGUCCUGACGGUAAAGUGUGGAGAAGCUCAAACAGCCUUUCUCACAGGGACUCCAAGCAGAGCAGCACUUGUGGUUCCAGCACCAAAAGCCCUAUCAGUUUUUACCCUGACUCAAAACUUAGUACAAGCUCGGGGGAACCUAGCGUUGAUAAAAGUCCUCUCCCUUUUCGAGUGGAUUCAAAGCGUAGAUGCGCAAGAGAUCCCUACACAAGCAGCCCUAACCCUAUUCACACAGGAUCUAAACAAAUAAAACUCCACUCUGAGACGGGAGACAGUUCUCCCUCAGACUCCAGGAAGAUUUCUGUUGGUAUCAGGAGUGACAAGUGCCCAACUCUGACGGCGUUGAAACGAGAGAAGAAAUCAGCGGAGACCCCUAGCUUGUACAACACCGAGGCUUCCACAGACCAGUCUGGUGGCAGUCAGAGCAGUGCCAGUGACAGGCGUAGCACGUCGGCUGACCCCAGUGCCUACUCCGAUGGCCUAAGCACAGACUCCGAAAGUAGGAAACCUAGAUAAAGCCAGGGUUUUCUGUAGACUUUUUCUUUUGUGACUCUUGCAAGAACCUACAUAAAACCCAAAGAUAUCUGAACCAAAUUCUUUUGAAUUAAGAUUGGAAAAGGUGUUAUCUUUCCACAUUUCAUAACUCUUUAUUUGUAAUCUACUAGAAACACUUUCUUGUAGCCUCAAACUUGUAUUUCUCCAAAAUAAUUUGUAAAAAAAUGUUUGGAACAGUAUACUUGAACAAUGCCCUUUUAAAUCAAAAUUCAGAAAUAGUUCAUCCUUCCAUAUAUUUAACAACAGCUUGUUUGAGAUAGGAGUUAUGGUCAGGGCCUGUUUCUAAUGACUUCUCAAAAUAACCUUCUGCCGACUAAUUUUCUCACACUUGCAGCCACAUGGAAACCUGAUAUCCCACUCCUUUGAAGAUCAAGAAUUUUAAAAAUGUCAUUUCAGAGUUCAAGUGAUAUAAAGUUAUUUGGUUGAUUGAAAAAUAUGUCAGGUGAAAUAAGUUCAUUAGAUAUAUUUGUAGCUCCCUUAAGUUUUGGAUGAAAAUAAAAAAUGGUCUCAAGGAUGUUUUGUGAGACAUUGGAAACAUGAGGUUUUAGGUUCAUGUCUCGGAAUGUUUACAGUGAAUGAAAGAUAUGUGAAUACACUCCUCACUUUUGAAGUUACUAUGAACUUCUUGAGAUGUAGAUAAAGUAAAACUGAAGCAGUAUGUUGUGUUUUUAAAAGAGGACUUUCUAAAGUAGAUGCCAGUUUGUUAUAAAAAUCUGCUACUUCUUCUAUAAAUGCACUAUUCUGGUUUUGGUGUCAUCACAGUGAAGAGUGACUUGUAUUAUCAAUUCGAAAUUUCGUGAUAUAAUAAUUUCAUCUACUUAAUGUAUUGAUGCUGUUUUUCAUGAAAUAUUUUUUUUUUCCAUUCUUUGUAAAUCUGUUUUUCACUGUUGUCAAUUAAAUAGCUAUUUGUACAAUU